AAACGAUAUUAAUAUGAAUCUGUUUUCCUUAUUGAAGGGUAACAAAGGGUUAACGCACUGCUAGAGGAACAAGUUCUGAGUAACCUGGACUUGCAAAAUGAUGGAUGGAACUAUUUUGUAUAUAAGCGUUUCUUUUUGCAGCCGAACCACGUUACGCGGUUUUUGAAAUAUAUUCAACUGUUACGACUAUACAAUCACCGCAAACACCAUUCUGGGAAAAUAUAUAGUUUGUGCUAGCACAUCGUGUUAUUGCACCUCCUCACAGACGUUCACUGACCCUGAUUUGUAUGCUGUUGUUUUAGAUCUCUCCUGUUUCCAAAUAAACUCUAACACGUGUUUCGACACAGCCGGUUCAAACAUACAGUUCCCGCGCUCUCUCAACCAAUAAUAGUUCUCCGAUCAGGUGUAAAUUCGUACUUACACAUACUCGACCGUAAUACUCUGUCGAACUUCUAACUUUUAAAUAUUGGUAUUUACCACUGUUACAAGUAAUCUAUCCGCAUGCUGUAUGUCUUCAAAUGAAUUACAAUUUGAUUGGGUUGCUACUUUCCUCACAGAUUUGUCAAAGGAUAUUGAUGCUGAGGUUGUUGGUGAAUAUAUUUGUGGCAUAUUAAAUGUUUCUCAUGGUUCGUCAGAAUCACGUUCUGAAAUAGCGGAGUUACUGUCAGCAUACCUUCCUUCUGAAAAAUCAGAGUAUGCUGCUACUGAGAUUAUAUCAAAAUAUGAUGGAAUCGUAUUGGGCAAAGAUAAAGUUGAAUCAUCAUUGUCAUCUACAAAUGAUAUUCAAUCUGUUGAAGAUCAAAUGCGUAAUUUAAUGCAAGCUGAUUGUAUGCGUAUCGUUGAAACUAAGAAAUCAGAUCAUCAUUCUGAUCGAGAUCCAUACACUCAAGCAAUAUUACGUUCAACUGGUGUAUCUGCUUAUCAAAAGAAUUCAGAUGAAGAACGUGAAUUGGAAGUGGCAAUGGUUAAUUCGGAAUUUAUCAAUAAAAAUCGUUCAAAUCCAACUAUUGGUGCAUUGACAACUGGUUCCAGUUCAAAUGGCUUUGUUGAAGUUGGCAUCGGCGAUGAUAGUGAGGAUGAAUCCGACACUGAUUUGGAAGAUAUUGAAAGUUUCUGUGAAUAUGGAAGAAAGGAUGAUGUGAAACCUGGUACAGUUGAAGGUGCUCUGUCUAUCUUAACUUCACUCACAUCAUCACAGUCAUGUGGGCUGAGUAUAUCCAACACUUCUCAAAAUCCCAUCCUAGUCAAGGAGACAUCAUCUCGAUCAUCAUCAAUGAGCAUACGUAAUUCUCAUUCAUCACAUCUAGUCGAUAAAUCAACUAGUCAGUCUCAGAGAAUCUCUUCAACACGUCAAAAACAGUCUAAAAAGUGCCCUCCUCCAUCCAAACAUAUUGCAAGAAUUGGUGCACAAGCUGAGGCCAAACAAAAACACAAUACCAAUUCGAAAGCUUCACUCAUUUCAAGUUUGGAUGACGCAGAUCCUAAGGUGUCUCGUUGUAAACGUGAAGAUAUGGAGGCAUUUUUAUUCACAGAUUCGGAUAUUCACCCAGAACCUAUUAAUGAAGAUAUUGUUCUACCUGAAGGUGGACGUAAUCGUGAACGUGUUAUAGAAUGUGAAGUGAAUUUUCGAAAGGCAGCCUCUCUAAAUGCUGCUAAACAACGUCAGGAGAACCUUGAACAACGUAAACAUCAACUAGAAAAAGCUGAACAACGUCGUCAGACAGCAAACAGAAAAGCUCAGAAAGUUGAAAGACGCAGAUUAUAAAGUCUCCAUCUGUGAUUCUUACUAACUGACAAAAGUUUGAGGAAGUGAUAUUUAUGUAUUUGACAAUGUUGAAUAACUUUUGACAAUCUGACUUUGUUUUUCUAUCCUGCUUUAUCUCUUCUUCAACGAUUUAUCCUUAGUCGAGUCUAUAUUUAUCAUAUUGUCUUGUUUUGAACUAAUUGUGUGUGUGUGUAUAUAUAUGUGAUAAUACUGUAUAUAUCUAUUGUAUGAAGGCUUCUUUUUUUGUCUACCCCGUAAUUUUGACUUACUAACUGACCAACUAAUUUAAUGAACUGACUUAAUGUGUUUGUGAAAUAGAUGUAUCAAAAGUGUUCGGUUUAAUUAUUUUUAUUAAAACUAUGGUAAACAAUGAACAAUUAGCAUAAGGUAUUUAUGGCUUUUCAAGAUCCUCGAACACAUAUUGCAUGACUUUCAUGGUAUCACCAGUAACUAUGGUCAGUCCUUCGGGGAUACUGAUGAUCGACAAACAGUCGCUGAGUAUGCGUAACGUGUACGAGCCAAAGAAUGUAUAUAUGCUAUGAUUUACUCACAUUACAAUUUUUCCGAUUAAAUCUUCCUACUCAUUUCAGUCUUUUCAUUUUUAUAGUGGAUUUGGUACAAACCGUAAUAAGUGUUUUUAUUUUAUUUAAAUACAUAAACAUUGGUACAAGGAGGCACCAAAUAUACAUGCGCCACA